GGAUUCGUAGGGUUUACAUAUGAAAACGAAAAUGGAUCAGAGAUUGGAAACAAACAAUCUCCUCUCCUCUCCUUCCUUCCCCAUUCAUCUCCUUCUUCUGAAAACCCUAAUCUCUUCCUCGCAUCUCUUUGCCUCACUGUAGUAUUGUCUCCUCUGUUUCUUCUAUGAUAAAAUAACUUCAAAGUCCGCGUGAAUUCACCUUUGUAAUAACGGGGAGAAAGAAGAUUUCAGUUCAUCGGUUCUGGGUUUUUUAACUGGUCGGGAGAAAGAUUUGUCCGAAAAAAAUGGCGACAAAUGGUUGCGAUGUGAAUCAGCUUGAUUCCAAUUUGCUUCUCCCUCCACGGAAGCGAUUACUCGCCGGAUUCAAGAAACAGAACUCCAAUGGAUCUUCUUCAUCUUCUACUUCGUACUCAAAUGGCUCCUCCUCCUCUGCUUCCACCGUUGUACAGACCCAUCUCGACAGUCUGUUGACUUCCCACCAGAGUCCGUCUCCGGAGGAGCUAAAAGCAACCGCUGCUUUAGCUGUAAAGAUCGCAAAGGCUGCGAGAGCCGCAGCUAAUGAGAAAGCCAUCAUUGCUUCCAAAGCAGUUGCUGCAGCCAAGAGCGCGUUGGAACUGUUCGCUUCUUUUCCGGCUGAGACGGUGAAGGAGAGGAAGAACAAGCAGAAGAAACAUGUCCCCGUUCAUUUUCUCUAUUCGAAAGAUGAGGAUUUAGCGCGUAGGUUGAACCAAGCUAUAAAAAACUCCCCUAGAGUAUUGACCGGGCAUAGAAACAAGAAGCUAAAGAGUGUAGCUACGUAUGAGAAUGAUGUUGCUGGUGUUGUAGAUUCAGACACCUCCACUGAUGAUGAUGAAGUAGACAGAACAAGAGUUAAUGGGAAGGAGAAAACAGGGGAAGGGAGUAGCUCACUGGGGAAAAGAAGAGGAAGAGUGAAGCUAAAGAAGUUACCUUUGAGCAUGUGUGCCUCUAAGGAUCAAGAAAACGGAAUCAUCACAAAUUCCCUGGCUCAGACGGGAGGUUCUAGUGGUGGUGUGGGUCAGGUGAGAUCAUAGCAGGACUACAAUGGAAGUGUUAGGAUCUAAAGUCACAGGAAUGCAUGUGUGUGAAGCAGAAGACAAAGUUGUGUACGAUCAUAUCAACUCUUUUACCUAAAAGAGGUAAAGAUAGUGCAGAUUCAGAAACAUUGCUAUUUUCAGUAGAAUCCGAAUGUUGUUUCUUAUUUUCCUUGUUCUGCUUUUUUGGGUAAUGUGUUUGGAUUUUAUGCUACUUGUAUAGGAGGAGUAUUUGCUAGAUACAUCGUAGAUUUUAUAUAGUAUAUGUUGGUUGUUGAAUCAUCGUGAGUGUUUGUUGAACCUAUGACUAUUUAUUGGGAUCUGUAGCUGAGGGUCGAAUUUAAUAAAAGUGAUGGCUUUCUUUUGUUUCUAAA